AUGGGGAGGCCGCCGUGCUGCGACAAGGUUGGGAUCAAGAAGGGGACAUGGACGCCGGAGGAGGACAUCAUCCUGGUGUCCUACAUCCAGGAGCACGGCCCGGGCAACUGGCGUUCCGUGCCCAUCAACACCGGCCUGAUGCGCUGCAGCAAGAGCUGCCGCCUCCGCUGGACCAACUACCUCCGCCCCGGAAUCCGCCGAGGCAACUUCACCCCGCAUGAGGAAGGCAUCAUCGUCCACCUCCAGUCCUUGCUAGGCAACAGAUGGGCAGCCAUAGCUUCUUACCUCCCUCAGAGGACCGACAAUGACAUCAAGAACUACUGGAACACCCACCUCAAGAAGAAGCUCAAGAAACACCAAGCCAUCGGCGCGAUCUUCGCGCCACCUCCCCCCUCUGAAUCUUCUUCCAUCGUACCUACCACCGCCGGCGCCAGCCAUCAUGUCGAUCUCCAUCAUGACAUAAUCGGCAGCAAGGACUACAACUUCGCGCGUCCAGCAGCCUGCAGCAACCCGGCCGACGAGGUCACCCAGCUCAUCGCCCGGCGGCGCUCGCCGUUCGCCGCCACCGACGGUGACAGCUCCUCGUCGUCGUACGCCUCCAGCAUGGACAACAUAUCCAAGCUGCUCAACGGAUUCAUGAAGAGUUCCCCACCACCGCAGAACGACGCCACCGCCGACAUCAAGCCCUCUGCCACCGACAUCAACCCUUUGCUGUCGUUGAACCACAUGUCGGGCGGCAGUAAUACACUGCCACCAUUCAGCGACGACAUGCUGCCGUCGCCACAGCCGCCGCAGCAGCCGGCGUUGACGAUGGGACACCGCGGUUACGACAACGAGCCCAAGCAGCAACACCACCAGCAGGGGCCGCUGUCUCCGAUCGAGAAGUGGCUGUUCGAAGAGGCCGCCGAGCAGGUCGUCGACCUCAUGGAUCUGUCCGACGCCUGCUGCUCAGUUCCAAUGAUGUUCUAG